CUUUUCUGCCAGUCGAGAUCGUCUGUCAGCUGGACUUCCACGCUUCGCCUUGAUAUUUUCAAUUGGACUUCUGGGGAGCACCGGCUUCCGCAUCUCAGAUAUUUUCACCGCGUGUCCUUUUUCCAUCCCAAAGCAACAAUGGCGCAGAGCGCCGUGGGCAGGCUCUUCCGCUGCCAGAAUUCCAACACAUUGCGGCAGUCAAUCGGUGCUCUGACACAGAGACGAGCCUACUCGAAAAAUGCAAUCCCAACCUUCCCUCCGACAUCCUCCUCCGAGCUGGACCAGGCCCUGAAUCGAUUCCGCGAAGAGCUCUUCGUACCCUUCGGACUGACUACUCAGCAACGAAAUCUCAUGUCCCGACAAAAAUACGCGGACCGCUUAGAAGAAGAACCCGUCACUGUGGCAAUUGGUGAAAACGAUGAACCCUUUACGCUUCGGCCCAUGGACCCUCAAUCACGACCGACAAACAGGGAUAUGGUCGACACUAUCUCCCUCAUGAAGACCCCCCAGGACUGGCAAAACAUCCUUCCCUUCCUCGCCGGACUACGGAUGUCCCACAGAGUCCUCAAAUCUGAUCGUUGGGAAUGGCUGGUACGGAAAGCUGGCCAGGCUGAUGCGCUGGGUGUUCUCCUUGAGUGUGCCAAACGAUCUGAUAUUACGGGUUUCCGACUCAACCACGCCGGUAUCGUUCAGAGCUUCUUCUUCGAGCUUCACCGUAAGGCCCAGCGAGGCGAGUUCAAAGACCCCGCAGUUACAAAGGCCCUUAGCUUGGCUAAGCAAGCUAUCAUCCUGAUGGAGACCCCGGAACACAUCGAGCGCGACGUGAAGCUCGACCCCAAGCGAAAACCCUAUGUCAUCGGAACCCUUCUGGAGCUCAGCGCUGCUCGUGCCGUGAACGAGCUUGGAGGCAACGACGAAGGUGGCCACGUCCGCGCCUAUGCCCAGCGGCUUCUUGCAACCUGGUCUCUCGGUAACUUCUCCCGGGACGCCAAAACCUGGGUCAAUGCCGACCAAAUGUUGCAGGAGAAUAUCCCUAUCUACAACGGGAUGAAGCUUGCGCUGCAGGUGAAGGAGGUCUCCCAGGACAAGACGAUUAGCUCUGGCUUGAAGACCCGCAUUAACGGGCUGAACAUGGCGAUCACAAGCCACAAGGAAAUGGCUCCCGAGAAGGUCAUGCAACAACCAUCGAGAGGCUAUGAGCAAAGCCUACUCUUACAUUAGAGCUAUAUCUGAUUUCUGUUUCACACCCUAUCUACGAUAUGUAUAUUACCGCUUUCAGGAUCAUUCAAAGUACUUGUAUUUGAAAAUGGAUAUCAUUUUUUAUUUUUCAGUCAUCCAUAAGUAUUUCCGAAAUAAACGGUUAUAUCUAGAAUAAAAAUACCGAAAUUGAUGGUGAACAACGCCCAAAUUCUCUUCGUCCAUAUAUGCCUCGGCAAGAAUCUAUUGAAUGCACUAUGCGGAGAGCUCCAGUGUAUUGUCAUAGCGGAUGUGUCCCCGACCUGAUAGAGUCGUUCUACCAGAGACAACGGCAGGACCAGCUACAGUGAUCUAAAAGCUGUUAGCAAAAAUUGCUUAAAUAUAAUUCGGGGUAAGCAGUUCAACUUACAUUUCCUUCAGUAGCUGCUUCAGGCCCG